UUAUUUAUAUCAACACAUGAACGCGCUCUCUUGAUCUCUUGUUUACAGAGUUUACAGACUGAUUUUCGAUUUUCCUGAGGCAUUUUUUCUCACUAUGGCUUUUUUCUGCCCCAUGAGAAUUCCAAGAAGACGAAGGAAACGAUAUCGAGAUGAAGAACAAAAAGACACCACUCGAAAUGGAAAUGCUAAGGGAAGGAUCACAGGUAGCAAUAGUGUGGACUCUAUUGUGGAUCUUAGAAAAGAAGAAGAGGAUAACGAGAUCGAAUUUGAACCACGGAAGAUGGUUGUGCUUCAUGAUUUUAUACCCUGCGUCGAAGAUGAGGUCGCGGUAAAGCGCGGUCAGCAUGUCAAAGCUCUUUACCAAGAAACAGACUGGAUCUAUGUCAUAAUAAAUGAUGGAAAGGAAGGUUUUAUACCAUUUACGUACUGCGUCCCAGAGGAGGAAUACGAAAAGCGGAAAGAGAAGCAGAAAGGGCUCCAAAGGAAUAACUUUCGAAACGCUUCGUUUCUCGAUUCUUUGCAUGUGCAAACAGAUAAUACACCGUCGUAUAAUUUUAAGAAAGAUGAUUUUGGUGAUUACAUCGUCAGAUUUGAGUUUAUUGCCUGCGAUGAGAACGAUAUUUAUGCCAAGAAAGGAGAUAGAGUUCGCGUUUUAAACAAAGAUGACAAGGAUUGGUAUUGGGUCUCAAAGAAGGAUGGUGUUGAAGGAUUUAUUCCUAAAGAUUUUCUUGUUCCGCUGGACGGACUCGAAAAUGGCGAUUUAAGUCCAUCAACUGUUCAAAAUCAUUUGAAUGGUGGCAGAAGAAUAUCUGAGACCCGAGUUUCGCCAUUGUCAACACAAGUUGGAAGCCCUUACAGAAUAACAACACCAGAUUCCAACAGGUCAACAAAAAGUACAAACUCAUCCUCAGAACCUUUGUUAAUCACUCCUUCCUCUAGCCUAAAUGGCUACAGCCUUGUCACUCCAAACAAUAAGACAGAAGCAUACCACCAACGUCGUAGCACUAACGAGCUUUUGCUUUAUGGACAAGAACUUGUCUGUACUGAUACCUACAUAGCUAGAAGGAUGGAUGAACUUACUGUAAAUAAAGGUGAUUGGAUUUAUGCUGACAUGAAAAUCAAAGAUGCAAGGGGCUGGAUUUGGGCAUACUCACCUUCAAACAAAACACAGGGCUAUGUCCCCAAGUCGUGUGUAAGACCACCAGCAACCACACCUCUUUGAUUAAAAUUCAGGUAGUAUCGUUUUUGUGCAUCUUUAGGAUAAAAUAACUGGGACUAUUUUAGACUAUUUUAGAGACAAAAAGUACAGACUACUAUUAUUGUGAAAUUGUCAGGAUGUGCAGCAAACACACUGUGUCAAUACAUUUUAAAUGUUCUUGAAGAAAGACCAUAUUGAUUUUUCAAUGAAUCUGAUUUGAAUGUUUUAUAUACAUAUAUGAUAUAUUAAGCGUAAUAUGUAAAGGGAGAAUGAAUAUUUUAUGAAUUUAAGGAAUUCACUUGGAAGAGACCUGUACUUGAAAUAUUCUGGAUGUUAGUCUAAAGUCAAUUUGAGCCCUUUCAUCCGU